AAAGACCAACCCCUUUAAUUUAUUCCCUUCACACUCUAACCCUUCCUUCUCAGCCUCCCACCUCCAUGGCCGCCGCCGUGAACUCCGCCUUCCUCCGCCACUACAUCCACUCCCUAUCUCAAACCCCUCACCGCCUCAAAAAGAGAAUGCUAGCAACAUGGACUCCCGAUCAAGAACUCAACCAAGUCAGGCAAAGAUCAGGAGCUGACAUGAAGAGAAAGCUCAAGUGGUUCGAUUUAAUCGCUCUCGGCGUCGGGGGAAUGCUCGGCGUAGGUGUCUUUGUCACCACCGGCCCCGUCGCCCUCCAUGUCACCGGCCCCGCCGUCUUCUUAUCCUAUAUCAUCGCCGGAAUAUCCGCUCUCCUUUCCUCCCUUUGUUACACCGAAUUCUCCGUCCAUAUCUCCGCCGCAGGCGGCGCCUUCAGUUACUUGAGACUCACUUUCGGAGAAUUUGUGGGUUAUUUUGCUGGAGCCAACAUAAUAAUGGAAUAUGUGCUGUCAAACGCAGCCGUGGCAAGAAGCUUUACAGAAUAUCUUUGUGUUGCAUUUGGUGAAAAAGAAGCAAAUGCAUGGAGAGUUGAAGUUCAUGGCUUAUUAAAGGGUUAUAAUAUGUUGGAUUUUCCUGCCGUGGCUCUCAUUCUUCUCAUCACUCUUUGUCUUUGCCACAGCACGAAGGAGAGCUCGACGUUAAACCUAAUAAUGACGGUGUUCCAUGUGAUAUUCUUCGGGUUUAUAAUCGGGUGUGGGAUGUACAAAGGAAGUGCAAAUAAUUUAGUAAAGCCUGGUGGGUUAGCUCCUUUUGGAGCUAAAGGUGUUUUGGAUGGUGCAGCCAUUGUUUACUUCAGCUACAUAGGCUAUGAUUCAGCUUCAACGCUUGCUGAAGAAAUCCAAAACCCUACAAAAAGUCUUCCAAUUGGCAUAGUGGGUUCUGUUAUCAUUACUUCAGCUCUCUAUUGUCUCAUGGCUUUGUCUCUCUCCCUAAUGGUCCCAUACGAUCAGAUAUCAGAGAAAGCAGCAUUUUCAAUAGCCUUUCAAAGGAUUGGUUGGAAGUGGGCUAGCAAUUUAAUAGGUGGUGGAGCAAGCCUAGGCAUUGUGGCUUCUCUUCUUGUUGCUAUGUUGGGUCAAGCAAGAUACCUUUGUGCUAUUGGGAGGGCGAGGUUGGUCCCUUUUUGGCUAGCCAAGGUCCAUCCUUCAACUGGCACACCAUUGAAUGCCACACUCUUCUUAGGGCUUUGUACGGCAUCGAUUGCACUUUUUACUGAGCUUUACAUAGUGAUUGAAAUGAUCUCGAUUGGGACACUCAUGGUGUUCUACCUAGUAGCAAAUGCAACUAUCUAUCGUAGAUACGUUAUGGUAAGCAAACAUCCUCCAUCUCGUGUUCUCUUGUUCCUCGUCUUCCUUUCGUGUUCGGCCAUCGGUUUCUCCCUAUCAUGGAAGCUCAACCAACAAUGGUGGGGUCUUUCGUUCUUUAGUGCAUCGACCAUCUUCAUCAUCGCCCUAUUUCACUACAAAGUGCCGAGCCACCACUCGUCCGAGGAGUGGUCGGUACCGCUCAUGCCAUGGCCAGCUGCUAUAUCCAUAUUCCUUAAUGUGUUUCUGAUGACCACAUUGAAGAUGUUGUCAUUUCAAAGAUUUGGAAUUUGGUCUUGUUUGAUAACUCUGUUCUAUGUGAUGUAUGGUGUUCAUUCAACCUACAAAGCUGAGGAGAUGGAGAUGAAUAAUAGGGUUGGUGAAGUGACCAAUGUGAAUUCAACUCUCCAACCAAACAAGCUGGACAUACAAGUUCUAUGAUCAAAGUUGACUUUCUAACACUACUUUUUUGCUCAAAUUCUUUCCCCUUUUUUCCUUUUUAGCACUCUAUGAAGUCUAGGGAUAUGUAAGGUUCUUUUUUGUGUAAAAUACUAUAGAUUUUGAAGCUCGACCCAUUUAACUGCCCUCUGUCAGAAAUCACGAUCCUCCACAAUGGUACAAUACGGUUCACUUUGAGCA